AAAAAGGUAGAGGAGAAGACAAAUAGCUUAGAGAGGAGAGCUCUGGCCUAUCAUUAUAAUUUCACACCUAAUCCAGGUAGAUUACUUUUUCAAUUCCACAAUAUUAUCCUUUGCAUUUGCUGCGUCGUAGCCAGGCAUAAAGUGAAAAGAAAAGUUUCUCCUGCCUUUUUUGCAUUUUCCAGCUGCAACUUUGCCACCCACAUCCUUGCGGCUCCCGUUCCGGGCACUUGGCCAUUAAAGGUCACAGUUAAUAUUCAUUUCUGUCCUGCCAACUUGGCUGUCAUUUUUUCCUUCUCCUUUUCCUAAUUUCCUUUUACCGCUGGCCUUUUAAAGCAAUUUAAGCUGAUUAAGUGCAAAGCUGACGUUCCCAAUGGACACAGAAACAGGAGCGCAUGAAAGCCCGGAACCCGGGAUCCGCUUAAGGAUACUGCUCCAGAAACUUAAAUUGCUGGAGAAGUUUUCGUGGCAAAGUCUCGACAAAGAUUCAAAAUAUUUCUGGCAUCCCUGGGGAGAUGAGGUUACAACGCAGCGGUGAUGGACAUUCAUAGCAGUUUUCAAUAAUUUUCUAAUACUCUUAAAGUUAGACUAUAAUCGGGUGCUCCUAUAAAUCAAUUAGAAGUUCAACUAACUGAUGCAUCACUUGGCUGUUAUUUUUCAAGAAACUUAGUUUGCAAGCUUAUACUUUCAUAAAUUAAUUAGGACUCUAUUACAUAACUUGAUAAAUAUACAGCAGUUUCUAAUAAGUUUUAAUUCCUUUUUAAAUCAAUUACAUAUGUCAUGGUUUUGAAAAUAUGAUUAGCAGGAUAUAAUAUUCAAGUUUUAAAUUCGUUUGUUGUUUAAUAAAAUAUAUAUUUUCUUCCUUAAACAAUUUAUAAACUGUAUCAUUCAGAGCUUAUUUUAUUUUAAAACGCGAUGCCACUUUAACUACACUUAAGCAUGUAAGUGCUUUGCACAUUCAAAGAAAACCCUUUCCUUAGUAACCGUUUAUGUUCAUAACUAAUUUCAUAAAUUAAUUAUGAACCCUAUUAAGAUCCUGACACCUAUUUUCACUUUUUUGCAUAAUUUUCCCAGUCUGUCGAUUUAUUUAUUCGCUUUGAAUAAAUGGAAAUGUGCUUAAUUUAUAUUGACGUUUUUCCUUUUCCUUCUCUUUUGCGUCUAUUUUGUCAGCUGUCAAUUGCCGAGAGUUAAUUGUUCGCCAUUGAAAUUGCAUUGAUUUUAAUUGUAAUAAGGACGCUAUUGAAGUGUCAACAGCUAAGAGUGGGCCAUAAAAUACAGAUAAUUCUUUCCAGAAACCCUGAACAUCUGCCGCAUUUGAAAGCUCAUUAUGAAUAAGUACCCUCGCUAAUCCUUUUAGGGAGGACCGUAUAAAGCGAGCGCGGAUUAGCAAAAAGAUUUGUGUAAAAUUGGUGCGCGGAAAAUACGCAAAUUUCGCGUGUGCGGGUUACGACGAUUCCUGGGAAAUAUCUCGCUUAUGCUAUUUUCCUUUUUUACUUUUAGGGGCUUAGGUAGUUGCCAUAAAAUUCAGCUCGGUUUUGUAGAGCCUAGCUACCUGACUUUUCUGGACCAGCUGUCACGGGUUAAAUUCAGAGGCAGGUAGUCCCUGGAAAUUGACCUAUAUAAGGCUUAGAUUGCUGGCAACACCAUCACAGUCUUCUCUGAACCUUCAACAUGAGCAUCAGCACGUUUAACUUCCAGUUCUACAACUACAAGCUGAGUCCCACGUCACCGGGCUUUGGUAGUUCGUCAGCCUCCCGUUCCUCCUCAUCAUUUAUCAGCGAACUGGAAAUGGACAUUGACGAGGACAUGUCUGCAGCAGUGACCAGGCCCACAAUCACAUCCACGCCCAAGCCGCGUUUUACCAGCCAACUGGCCGUGGAAUUGGCCAAAACGGUGGAGCCCGGUAAUGGCAUUUCCCCGCUGCGACCCAAAUUGCACACGGCCCAAAAGCGCUGGUCCAUGGAGUUGAGGGAGAAAGUGCUGGAAAUGUCCAAGCGAAAUAAUGGCCAGGAGAAACCACAAACCACAAGUCAACAGGAGCAACAUGAGCUGCUGCAACAGGAGCAACCUAGGCAACAUGAGCAACUGCCACAUGAGCAACUGCAACAUGAGCAACAGCAGCCCACUGUCACCGACAAAAUCAACUUCUUCAAUAAGCUGACCAACACCUUUGAGUCGGGCUUUCCCACACCAAGUAGCACCCCAAACAAUCGCUUUAUAGCCAUGUUGCGAUCAACCCGUCCACAAAAUAUUGCCACAACCACCGCCAAUAGCAGUACUAGCAAUAGUUUUCUAGGCAGCAAUACUAAUCUCAGUAGCCUAGCGGUUAAUAAUUCAGUGGUGCCACCGCCCAAACCAAAAAGACUAGCUGCCACCGCCGCCCACUUUGCCACGCCCCUUCCACCCGGAAUGGGCGUGGGAAAGGGGGGCAGUCAGCGGAAGUGCUCAUUGCGCCGCAAACCCUCGAUGGACAGGUCCAGGGCCACAAUUUCGAGGCCCAGUUCUAGUGCUUCUGUGAGAACCCAAAACCAUGCCAUCAUGGAGGACCUCAGUUUGGUGGUUCCUGUUCGAUUGCGCAUCGCCGAGUACGAGCAGCGAAUCUCAAUGAGCGCCUGAUUUCAGGAAUCCUACAACCCGAAUUUGGAGUAAUUUUAAGUUCCCAAGGAUAGCCUUUACUUUAACUUUAAGUUAGAAUAAGCUUUAGAAUACAAUGCUCAAAGACAAUUCAAAUAUAUAAUAUCUGAAGCAGAUUUCCUGUUAUAGUUUUCUUACCAGGAAAGGUAAAUAAGUGGUGUUCAUUUUCAUAGAAUACGUUUUGGCCAAUUUAAACAAAUUAUUAAUUUAGA